AUGAUGCGAAUAAAAGAGGCAAUUCAGCGUAAAAAGCUGAUCCAUGAGAUGAAUGAAGAAUGGAAAGAUAUUGAUUAUGAUCUUGUGCCAGGAAUGUCAACAUCUCAACCAAAUCGAUGUCCAGCAUCACCAUCGAUUCGAAAAUCGUACGGGUCUUUUCGAUCAAUGCAAAAUGAAGAAUUUGAGACUCCGGAAACCAGAUUACAUAAUUUUGUUUUCUAUUUAUCCGGGAAAUUGUCAGAUUUGCAGGUUUCGUUUUUUUCGGGAGAUUCUGAUAUAUAUAAAUCAAAAAUGGGAAAAAAUAAGGUAGAUCAAUGAUUAUCUGGGUCACGUUUCACUUUUUUGGUAGUUUGCUCAUUUAAUUUGAAAAAAUUUCAAAAUUGAAAAUGAAACGUCAUAAAUAAUUUCCACACUUUUCACGUAGACUAAUCCACUUGAUACUUUGAAAACUGGCUACAAUUAGACCCAAUACUUUAGGUCGGAGUUCAUUUUUUUCCCGAUUUUCGUAUGACGCAUUUCAUUUCCCAUGUCAUACUUUUUAUUAUCAGAAAAAAUCCAAUUACUCACUAUAAAAAAUAAUCACGCGCACGCACGCACUGAAAAAAUCAACAAAUAAAAAUUAAUAAUUUCCGCUCCGGAAAUUAUUCUUUCUCAUCCGAAAACGGCUAAAAAUAAAUGAUGUUUGUUUGCGGAUCUAUAUCAUGACUUUUAUAACAUGACUUUUUCGCAGAAACGAGCUUUGAAAAUCACAUGGCGUCGAUUAUCAGAAGCUCCAAAAACAUCCGGAAGAGGAACAUUACAUAUAAUGGAAAAAGUGUUGACAAAACUUUGUGAUCAAUCACCGGGAGUUACUGCAAUUUUCUAUAAAUCUGCAUUUUUGUCGUGUAUUGAGGAUCGGAAAUGUGGAAGAAGACAACAAGCAUCGAUUGCUACUAUUAGGUAUUUGUUUUCAAUUUUUGGAAUUCAAAAAAACUAAUUAAUUAAAUAAAUAUUUCCAGGGAUCAUGCUCAUAUCCUAAUCACAUUAAUCGACGAUAUUCUUCAUAUAAUGUUCGAGGGACCACUUCAAGUUGUCAAAUAUGAUCCGGUAACAAUUGGUGAAGUUCAUUCUCGUUUAGCACCUCUUGGUUUCGAUCGUGCAAUUUGGCAUGUUUUUGGAGAAUGUUUUGCUGAGGUACGUGUUUUUGUGUAUGCGAAGUGUAACAAAUAUGUUAUUUUUUCUUGUUGUUUUUUUCAGGUGAUGUUUAUGCAAGAAUGCAUUCGUGCGUAUCCACACGCUCCUUCCGCUUGGUCAUUGUUGGCUGUAGCAUUGACUGAUCGCAUUUUCUCAUCCUCCAAAUUAUCAUUAUCGGUACAGUUUUCAUCUUUUUCUUUUUUGGCCAGAUGAAGUUGCACUUUUGAUUUCUGAGCUCAAGGUUCGGGGAUUUCCGAUAGAUCCUAUAUUUUUGUGAAGUGAAAUUGUUCUAUGAAAAAUAUUUUGAGACAAACAUUGUCCACGUUUCUCUCUCUUUUUUUUCGAAAAAACUCUUCCUGCUGACUUCAUAGUUGUAGAUAUUUGCAACAAUGUCUUUUAUUCAAAUUUCAAAUCAAAUAUUCGUACGCCAACAACAAUAUUCUCAAAAUAAAAAAUGUUGCGAUUUCCUCGAACAUCAUUCGAAAACUCUAAUCCUAAUCGGAACUCUUUGAGGUCAACAAACAUUCUAUUCUGUCAUGUGAUAAAAAUUUUGAAACAUUAAAAAUCAGAUUUUAUUCAGAAAUCUCGAAAUGAGCCAUUCCCAUUACACGAAUCAACAUCUUCAACAGUUCAAUCAGCUCCUCCAGUUCCACCUCCUCGAAAAACUGCGAAUAUGCGCUGCCCAUUUUUCUCUUCAACAAUCAAUCCAACUCCUGCAUGUUGUCCACAUAAAAGAGCUUUGCCAACUCCUCAACCACUUCAGAAUCGAUUCAGUUUGGUAAGAUCAAAGAUCAGAAGAUUUGAAAAAUAUUUCAUCUACAGAGUAUUGGAAACUGUAAAUACAGACUUUUUAUACUUUUCUAAAAAAUCUUAAAAAUAUAAAAUAUCUAUUCAUUCAACUUUUAUCACAACAAAAAUAGUAUUGCAGGAUCUAUCCGAAAUCUCGACUUCUUCAACAAACAACGACGACGACGAUGUAUUUUUCUCAGCGCGUUCCCAUUUUGAAAAUGAUCAACCAGCUCCUCCGAUCCCACCACCUCCAGUUGUGCCACAAAGAAGAUUGCCGAUGUUAAUGAUGACAACUUCAGUUUGCGAUGAAAGGUAAAUAUUCAUCAUUUGAAAUUCUUCAGAAUCAAAAAUAUAUAUCAAUUUCAGAACGUUUUAUGAUAAUCAUCAUCGAAAAUAUUCAAUCCACGAAAGCCGCCCUCGUCGAUCUCGAAGUGUUCAUCAUAAUGCUCAAUUUCUUCGUUCGAAAUCUGAAGCGCGUCUCCGUCUUCAACGCGCCAAUCGAGACCCAAGUUAUGUAUGA